AUGUCUUCAACGCUCGGCUCACUAUAUGGCUUCGAGUGCGCACCUGAUGCCAAAGGCAGAUGUACAAUAUGUCGAAAAGAACAGUUAACAGCAAGAAAGUAUCGAUUCAAACUCAUCGUCGGGAUAUUCUUCCCUUUCGCCUUGUCAGCUCUUGAUGUAACCAUCAUAGCUUCUGCUUUGCCAUGGAUUGCUAUCGAUUUUGGCCAAAUAUCUCAGAUGACGUGGAUUAUCUCAGCGUUCAACUUGUGCUCAGCAGCAUUCAUUCCGUUCUGGAGUCAGAUGUGUGACAUCUUUGGAAGAACAGCUACAAUGGAAGCUGUCCUGAUCUUGAUGAUGAUUGGAAGUGCUAUCUGCACAAGUGCGCCAACUAAUGCCUUUCCACUCCUCAUCUUUGGCCGUGCGAUUCAAGGACUCUCAGUAGCCGGAAUUAAUGUCACCACCAGAGUCAUCAUGUCUGACAAAGUCUCGUUGAAGGGAAACGCAAAGAACAAUAGCAUCUUUGGCAUGGUUGGAGGACUCUCUUACGCCAUCGGACCUGUUAUUGGAGGCUACUUGACAGACAAGACUUGGAGAUGGUGUUUUGGUAUUAAUCUGCCUGUCGCAGCAACAGGGGCAAUCCUUUUCUUCGUCGUACUCCGAAAGGAAUUACUUGGUCCUCAACCACUGCCAGAACUCCUAGCACAAUCAGGAGAGACCCACAAACUCAAGGCUAGACUCUCAACUAUCGAUUUUGGAGGUCAAGUUCUCUUCUUGUUCGGUAUGAGUCUUCUGAUUCUUGGUCUCACAUGGGGAGGAGCUCGGUAUCCCUGGUCCUCCCCUCAAGUUAUCAUCUGCUUGAUCCUCGGUUCCUUUCUCUCCAUAACCUUCAUUAUAUACCAAUCAAUCAUGGCGCCGGGACGCUACCUCUCUCGCCUCAUACCCCUGCAACGCCCCACCAUCCCUUGGGCUCUUCUCUCUCAACGCAACAUGGGCCUGCUAUUCUACAUCAACUUCUGCACUGGAAUGGGCAUGAUAGCCGUCUUAUACUUCGUCGAUAUAUACUUCACCUUUGUGAAACUCUACACCCCCUCCAAAGCCGGUGUACAACUCCUCUACUACACACCAGGUAUAGGUGUAGGUGUCUAUUCCGCCAUGGUAAUGUGCAACAUCUACCCCCGCCAAACCUUCACACCUCUCUUCCUCGGCUCCAUCAUCGAAGCUACAGGUAUCACUGUUCUUACCUGGGCAUUACAUCAGGGCCACAACGCGACCAUCUUUGGUAUGAUCGCCCUCACUGGUGCAGGAACUGGAAUGCGCUUCAUGCCAAACUCCCUGCAUGGCAUCGGGUUCUUCCCAAACAACAUCGCGUCGGUCAUAGCACUGACCUCCUUCGCCGUCCCCUUCGUGUUCAAUAAUAAAGCUGGACUCAGUGCAUCCGCUAUGGAGGGGUAUACUUCAUCGAUCAGCACCUUGAGCGAGGAAGCGAAGGCGACGAUUCAGGACGCAGCAAGGAGUGGUGUUGUUUGGGCAUUUAUUAGUAUCUUGCCGUUGAUGUGGCUUUGUGUACUGGCUGCGGGUAUGUUGGGGAAUGUGAGGAUUACGAAAAAGAGGGAGGUGGAUGGGGAGGGAAAGGUGGAUUUCAGUGAGAAUGUAGUGGAGAGUGUUUAUCUUGUUGGGUGGAUGAAGAGAUGUUUUAGAAGAGUUGAGAGCAGAGGCAGCGAGAGUGUUGUCAUUGCGAAUCAUAUGACGGUAUGA